AUGUCUAUGGAAGAUAUUCUACCUAAUUUAGCUCCAGAUUCCUUACCAAUCACGUGCUUGGUGUGGAAUGUUCAAGGUGCGGGUAAUCGCAAUUUUUUAUCUAUCCUUAAGGAUUUAAUUCGAGAGAAUAAACCCAAUGUCUUUGUUCUUGUGGAGACACACAUGGGUGGUGCGCAAGCUGAAAAAAUUGCCUCGAUGGUUGGCUAUUCGGGUCACUCAAGAGUAGACGCUGUUGGUUUUAGUGGUGGGAUUUGGUACUUCACUGCUGUAUAUGCGAGUCCGGACCUUUCCCAACGCCAAGAGUUAUGGCAAGAAUUGAAAAACUUUGCAACAACCCACAAUAAGCCUUGGCUCAUUGCGGGUGAUUUUAAUGAUACGAGGUUCCCCUCGGAGAGGAACUCAUCCUGUCGAGAGACUACUAGGAGGUCGCGUUUGUUCAAUGAUUGGGUGGAAGAAAUGGAUCUCAUUGAGGUCGAAUUUAUGGGAGCAACCCACACUUGGAGCAGGGGCAAUUCUGAAGAGACGAGAAGAAGUGGCAGGCUCGAUAGAGCGUUGUGUACUGACAAUUGGGCUCUUCGAUUCGAUAAGGCCAAGGUUAAACAUCUGCCUGCUAUACAUUCUGAUCAUUGCCCAAUUUUUAUCUCACCAAAUGGUUUUGUACCUUUACAAGCCUUACACCGUCCAUUCAGAUUCCAAGCAACUUGGUUAACGCAUGAAAAUUUCAAGGAGUUUGUAUCUCAAAAAUGGGAUUCGAAUGGUACACUCAUGUCUUCUCUGUCAAAGCUAUCGACAGACCUUCAAUGUUGGAAUAGGGAUGUCUUUGGAAAUGUGUUCAAGCAAAAGAGAAAUUUGAUGGCAAGGAUUGCAGGGGUUCAAAGAAAACUUGCUGAAAAAUCAAUAGAGGUCUCAUUAAACUAG